CAAAAUCAUGUUGGACACACACUCUCGAUCCGUGCAGGUGUGUAGUGGAUCCCAACCAAAGAAGCCAUGGAGGCCUCACAAGACCUCAGUGAACAGAUGGUGAAGAAAUCACACAGUGAUUCUCAUGUUCCAGACCCUUCUGACGCCAGGUCUAUGGAAAUGCAGGACCUAGCCAGUCCUCAUAACCGAGUGGGAGGUGGAGAUUCGACGGGCUCCAAGCUGGACAAGAACAAUAUCGGCAGCUCCUCCAUCACCACCAAUGGAACAGGAGGAGAAAACAUGACAAUUCUAAACACGGCUGAUUGGCUGUUGGGUUGCAGCAGCCCGUCCCCUGCCCCGGGCUCCAAGGACUAUGUGAAAACAGAGCCUAUGAACAACAGCGAGACAGUCACUACCACGAGCGACACAGCACUGGACACAUACGCAGGCUCAGUAAUCACCAGCAGCGGCUACAGCCCUCGUUCAGCCCACCAGUACUCUCCUCCCCUCUACCCCUCAAAGCCUUACCCUCACAUCCUGUCCACGCCGGCAGCUCCUCCCAUGCCAGCGUACGCAGGCCAACCCCAAUUCAGCAGCAUGCAGCAGUCGACCGUCUACACCGCCUACUCCCAGACAGGGCAGGCCUACGGACUGUCCACCUAUGAUCUGGGUGUGAUGCUGCCAGGCAUUAAGACAGAGGGUGGCUUGGCCCAGAGUCAGUCUCCUCUGCAGACAGGCCUCAGCUACAGCCCCGGCUUCACCACACCCCAGCCUGGACAGACUGCCUACUCACCCUAUCAGAUGCCAGGUUCCAGUUUCACUCCUUCCUCAGGCCUCUAUGCCACCAACAACUCAGUGUCCAACCCAGCCAACUACACUGCCACACAGCAGGAUUACCCCUCAUAUACAGCGUUUGGCCAAAACCAGUAUGCCCAGUAUUAUUCCGCUUCCACUUAUGGGACAUAUAUGACUUCCAAUAGUGUGGAUGGUACAGGGUCCACAGCAGCCUAUCAGCUGCAAGAUCCCACCCCUGCCAUGACAGGACAGGCUGCUGAACUUCACCCAGGGGACUUUGAUACAGUGCAGAGCCCCUCCACGCCCAUCAAAGACCUGGAUGAUCGUGCCUGCCGAAGUGGGGGGUCCAAGUCCCGGGGCAGGGGCCGCAAGAACAAUCCCUCCCCUCCCCCUGACAGCGACCUCGAGAGGGUGUUUGUGUGGGACUUGGAUGAGACGAUCAUUGUUUUUCACUCCCUGCUCACAGGCUCCUAUGCACAAAAAUAUGGCAAGGACCCUCCCAUGGCAGUAACACUGGGUCUGAGGAUGGAGGAGAUGAUCUUCAACUUGGCCGACACACACUUAUUCUUCAAUGACCUGGAGGAGUGUGAUCAGGUACACAUCGAUGAUGUGUCGUCAGAUGACAAUGGCCAAGACUUAAGUACUUACAGUUUUGCAACUGAUGGCUUCCAUGCAGCUGCAACCAGCGCCAACCUGUGCCUGGCAACCGGCGUCCGCGGCGGAGUCGACUGGAUGAGGAAACUGGCCUUCCGCUACCGACGAGUCAAAGAGUUGUAUAGCACGUACAAAAACAAUGUGGGGGGCCUGCUGGGUCCUGCGAAGAGAGACGCCUGGCUGCAGCUCCGGGCCGAGGUGGAGGCUCUGACAGACUCCUGGCUCACCAACGCACUCAAGUCGCUGUCCAUAAUCAGCUCCAGGAGUAACUGUGUGAAUGUGUUGGUGACCACGACGCAGCUCAUACCAGCCCUGGCUAAAGUUCUCUUGUAUAGUCUGGGAUCUGCUUUCCCUAUAGAGAACAUUUACAGUGCAACCAAAAUAGGAAAAGAGAGUUGCUUUGAACGCAUAAUGCAAAGGUUUGGCAGGAAAGUAGUGUAUGUUGUAAUUGGGGACGGUGUGGAAGAGGAGCAGGCGGCCAAAAAGCACAACAUGCCUUUCUGGAGGAUAUCUAGUCACUCUGACCUGCUGGCAUUACACCAAGCACUGGAGUUUGAGUACCUGUAACUGUUAUUAGAGCAAUAUGGACACAUGCAAUGUUACCAUGGAGAUGGUCAGCCAGGCAGCCCCUUCUUUUGUAUACAUAUUUAAGAAAAAAACACGUUGCAACUUUUGUGAUUUCCUCUUCUUUUUUUGUCUUUGUUUUUUUGAACGUCUGGAUUUACAUACUCUGAACGGUCUUAAGCAGCAGCAAGGGAAAGGCAAAGAUAGGACAGCGGGAUAUAAAGGACUGAACUCCUCAACGUAGCCCUACUUGGUGACUUACCUCUGUGAAAAUCCAAUCUGACGUCCAUGCAGCUGCAGCGGAGCAGCACUCCCUGCCUGACACCCUGUAAGCCUCAAUCUCUCCCUCCACCUGGGAGGACUUUUCUUUGGCUGACUACUUGAUUUCUGCUUGACGCGCAGAGGAGACCGGGAUGCACCCAGGACUGCUCCGCUUCCCCUGGGAGGAACUGUCUGCCACCUUCAUUUGAGGCCUUCUCUGUUCAGGCGCAAUCAUGUGUGCAGGGACGACAGCUCCUUGUGAAAACUGCUUGCCUGGCGGUUCUAAUAACAAAAACAUAACCUUACAGUCUGUAGCAAAAAACUCAUGUAAAUUAUUUACAAUAAACUUACAGGGCAGUGGUGGAUGUUUUUGUCGGUAUUUUUUUUUUUUUUUUGGAGGGGGGGGCUUUUUUUCUCUGGAUUUUUGUAAGUUUUUUUCCCCCUUUUGAAAAUGAGAAUGUGCGUCAUGUGUUGUGCCUUAUUGUGUUCGAGUGUCUUCUUUAUUCAGAAAUGUCUAUGUAUGUAGAUAUAAAAGAGAAAAACAAUCCUGAUGACCUACGC